CUCGUCAUGGAUUUCAUUAACACGACCUAUUUUGAACGUUUUGACGAAGAGCCUGGGAAGCAAACUGUCACCAUUAUCUUCUCCAUGAUAGUGUCCAUCUUCUGUAUAGGCGGCAUGGUGGGUGCUUUAGGCACGGCUUACGCUGCUGAGAAGUUUGGACGAAAGGGAGGACUACUUCUGAACAACAUCUUCGUCUUUAUUGCGGCAGGUCUUAUGGGAUUCUCUAAGAUGGCUCGAUCUUACGAAAUGAUGAUAAUGGGUCGCUUCUUCAUCGGUUUGAACUCAGGUUUGAAUGCUGGUUUGGCUCCCAUGUAUUUAACUGAAGUUUCACCAAUUCACCUGCGAGGAGCAGUUGGAACAAUCUAUCAGUUAGUAAUUACUAUCUCUAUCUUAGUGUCCCAGGUAUUGGGUUUACCACAAGCUUUGGGAACAGAGGAACAUUGGCCUUACGUUUUCGGCAUGACAGUUAUUCCAUCAAUUUUUAUGUUGGCUUCAAUGCCCUUGUGCCCAGAAUCACCUAGAUACAUUUUGAUUUACCAAGGAAAGGAAGUAGCAGCCCAAAAAGCUGAGUUAAUAGCCUUAGCAAACAAGCCAGCCCCUACUCCAUUUAAAUGUAACCCAUCCAUUGUAACGCUUCAAGAAAUGUGGAACAACCCUGUUUUACGUACUCCACUUUUCAUCUCUCUGGUAGUAAUGUUGUCACAGCAGCUCUCGGGAAUUAACGUUGCCAUCUUCUUUUCCACCAAAAUUUUUGAAAGUGCUGGCUUGAGCAAAGAAACUUCUUUAUAUGCUACCCUAGGCAUGGGAAGUAUCAAUGUGUUGAUGACAGUUGUUUCUCUGGUUCUAGUAGAAAGAGCAGGACGCCGAACUUUACAUCUUAUAGGACUUGCAGGCAUGGGGAUUAUCACACUUAUACUUACUAUAUGUAUGGCAUUAAAGACAUCAAUACCAUGGUUGUCAUAUAUGAGUAUUGUUUGUGUAAUUGGAUUUGUUGUGAUGUUUGCUAUUGGACCAGGCUCAAUCCCAUGGUUUUUAGUAAGUGAGCUAUUUGGCCAGGGAGCACGUGCUAUAGCCACCAGUAUUGCCGUAGCAGUGAACUGGAGUGCCAACUUCGUGGUGGGAUUAGGUUUCCUGCCCCUAGCUAACAUCCUGGGGGAUUAUACGUUUUUAAUAUUUACAGUCCUGCUGGCUAUCUUCUGGAUAUUUACGUACAAAAAAGUCCCUGAAACCAAAAACAAAACCGUCGAGGAGAUAACUUCUUUAUUUAGACAGAGAGUCUAUGAAUGAUAUCAUUCCAAAUUAAGGUUGCUGAAUGACGAGGAUAUAAACGUUGAACUAAUUUUAGUGCACUAAAUAUAAUGUCUGUACUUAGUACGUAAAGAUGUGGCAGCGUAUUAGACGUAACGAAAACACAGACCAAGUUUCUCCGGGAGAAAAUAAAGGAGUUAAAAGUUAAUUUUGUGUAAUGUAGAUUAUACAUGACAGUGACGGAAGUGGUGUGACGUCAUUUCUUAGUGACGGAAGUGGUGUGACGUCAUUUCUUUGCAAUUCCUUGGCAGUGUAUAAAAAAACAAUAGAGAACAAAACUCACUUGAUGAAAGUUAUAAUUUUAAGUAGAUUUUUAAUAGAGGGCGCGGAAGAUAUUAGCUUAGUAAUAUGGAAAUUUUCUAACAAAAACUGUAGUGAAGAACUCUAUACAAACCACGAAGAUCUGACAUUUUGUUUUACAAAGUUGUCAAUAGUUUUACAAUGUGACACAUCACAAACAGUAUAAUAUAAAACACCUUACUAAUUUUGCUGUUAAGAUUCCAUGAUUUAGCUUGGCACUUGUAUGCAGGCAUAACGAUAUUUCAGUCAUUGUCAUUGCAUGGAUCGCACCCACAGUUUUCCUUAAGUCCCAUUAAAACACCUUCCAAACACUUGGUUUGGUUUGAAUUUCACGCAAAGCUACACGAGUGCUAUCUGCGCUACCAGUCCCUAAUUUAGCAGUGAUGGAUUAGAGGAAAGGCAGAUAGUGAACACUACCCACCGCCAACUCUUG